AUGCUGGUGGCGGUGCUGCUCACCUUCUUGUGCUGCCUGGGUCCUGCCACUGCUGGGAAGCUGCUGGUGAUCCCGAUGGAGGGCAGCCACUGGCUGAGUAUGAAGGAAGUGCUGGCUGAGCUGAGCAAGAGAGGGCACGAAAUAGUUGUCAUCGCACCAGACACCAAACUUCUGAUAGAUUCCUCGGGGAUGUAUGAAAUGAAAACGUAUCCUGUCCCUAUCACAAAGAAAUCGAUGAAAAGCCUUUUGAAUUCACUUGGUGCAAACAGUUUUACCAACGAGCCUUUCCUGACCAGGUUUUUGAAAACUUGGGAUCAUUUCCAAAAGAGCUCUGCCAUGUUUCAAGCUUUCUGCAGUUCCUUACUGUACAACAAAGAGAUGAUGAACUACAUCAAAGAAAGUAAAUUUGAUGCCGUCUUUACAGAUCCUAUGACACCCUGUGGACAGGUAGUUGCUUUGCACUUUUCUCUCCCUACUGUUUUCUUCUUGCGGGGUGUCCCAUGUGCUAUAGACAUCCACGCUGCUCAGAGUCCAGACCCACCAUCCUACAUCCCACGAUUGUUCUCAGGCAAUACAGAUCAUAUGACGUUCCCGCAGCGAGUAAAGAACUUCUUGAUCAGCCUUUCAGAGUAUUUCACCUGCAGUAUAGCCUUUUCAUCAUUUGAAAGACUGGCCUCGGACUUUCUCCAAAAGCCGAUGACAAUUACACAGCUUUUAAGUCAUGGAUCUGUUUGGCUGAAGAGACUUGACUUUGUCUUCGACUACCCCAUGCCUAUAAUGCCCAAUAUGAUUUUCAUUGGAGGCAUAAACUGCGGACAGAAGAAACCAUUAACUCAGUCAGGACAGAUGAACAGACUUUGGAUUUCUAGGAACAUGGCUUAUGUAAGUAAAUGCAGUUAUCUGGUUUCUGGGGGAGUUUUGGUUUUCCUGUAUCUGUUUUGCUUGGCCAAUGGUGGAAAGCUGCUGGUGGUGCCAAUGGAUGGGAGUCAUUGGCUCAGCAUGCGCUCAGUGCUGGCAGCCCUCAGCCAGAAAGGGCACAAAAUUGUUGUCGUUGCACCAGAAGUAAACUUGAAUGUGAAAGCAUCUGAAUAUUACACUCUUAAAACAUAUCCAGUGCCUUUAAUGAGGGAAGAACUGGCAGCACGCAUGCAUUCAUUUGUGAAUGAUCUUUUUGAGAGAAGACCCUUUCUUCAGAGAAUUAAAGCACUUUAUGAAAAAGUUCAGGUCAUCUCCGGUCUCUACGUCUCCUCCUGUAGAAGUUCACUGCACAAUGAGGAUCUGAUGCGGUACCUUGAGGGGAGUAAAUUUGAUGCUGUUCUCACAGAUCCUGUUGUACCAUGUGGACAAAUACUGGCUCUGCAUCUCUCGAUCCCAUCUGUUUUCUUUCUACGGGGACUCCCCUGCAGUUUUGAUUUGCAGGCUACCCAGUGUGCAGACCCACCUUCCUACGUCCCAAGAACAUUUACAGACAACUCAGACCACAUGACGUUUAUCCAGCGUGUUGAAAACUUAUUUCUGAAAUCAGCAGAAUCCUUUCUUUGCAAUUUUGCCUAUUUGCCAUUUGAACUUCUGGCCUCAGAUGUUCUCCACAGACCAGUAACAAUGAAGGAGCUUUUAAGCCAUGGAUCCAUUUGGCUUAAAAGAAUGGAUUUUGGUUUUGAGUAUCCCAUGCCAAUGAUGCCCAACAUAGUUUACAUUGGAGGUAUAAACUGUGGAAAGAAAAAGCCAUUAUCUCAG